AUGCCGCAAUGGGGGGCCGGAAAUUCGAGGGCGAUCGAGGCCAGGAUGAGAAAGAAAAUGGAAAAAGACAAGAAGCAGAAAGAGCUGGAGGAGAAGAAGUUGGAUGAGUACUGGAAGGACGAUGAUAAGAAGGCCCAGGCGAAAAUUCAGAGGAAGAUGGAAGCCGAAAGUAAAAGACAACAGAAACUUGACAGGAAAAAAGAAUUAAGGGAAUUAUACGGAGAAGAAGAAAAGGCGCUCAAAUCAAACAAAGAAAGUAAAACCACCAGUUCCAAGGUGACCCAGGCGCAAAUCUUGCAAAGGCUCAUCGAGGAGAAGAAGAAAGAAAUGCAGGAGGAUAAGAAGAAGAAGGAAAACCUUAACGUGCACGAGAUGGAGCUGGAGGACAACAUCAACCACAUCCAGAGGGACGAGAUUAACGACUAUGAUGAGUAUAUAAAUGCAACCGGAAUCGAUAACGUCAUUUCUGCGUUGGACAACGUCUCAUUUGAAAAAACCAAAAAAGUGAAAGUUGCCUAUAAAAAAUUCGAGGAGGAAAAUCUGCCGCUUAUUAAGGAGCAGUACAAGGGGUUGAAGCUCUCCCAGUUUAAGCAAAUAUUGUGGAAGCAGUUUAAGAAGUCGCCCGACAAUCCGAUGAACCAGAGGGAUUAA